CUUUUGUUCUUGACAUCACUGCUUUAUUUAACACUUUUACUUUUCAGAAAUGACAUUUUGACCUUUUUCAUAACAUUUCACCCUUUGUGUUUGACAUUUUUGACUCUUUUGUCAACCAUUGGAGUUUUUGAGACAAUCCUGCACUGGUUUAAUCCUUCUGAGUGGUAUAGUCACAGUCACAAGUAGCUGAAGGGUGCCAACACACCCUGCUCCAAAGCAGUAUAAUUUUAAAAAAAAAAGAACAUUUUGUCCAAAUAACAUUUCUGAGUACAUGUUGACCGUUCUGUGUGGUUAAUACCUUGGAUCCCUAUUAGGGCCCACCCCAUCCCUCUGGUCGGAGACCCAGCUCCUCCUACACCCGCAUGGCUUUGACACACACGCAUCUUUGCGGCGGUUGGCAGCACCUGCAGCAGUAAAAGAUUCAUGAUUAGCUCCUGAAGGGCACUGCCACCCUACAAACCCAAUCCGUGCCGCUGCAGGCGGAGUUUGGAGACACGCGCGGUUAAUUUUAGUUUGUGUUGGUUGGACAGAAGAGGAGGAGGAGGAAGAUGAUGAAGAGUAUGACAAGGGAGGAGGUAACUGCUGUCAUUUUUUCAUUUGUACCAGCGGGCACGUUUCUCGGGAGAGAAGAACCCAGGCGGGUGUAACGGACUCCAUCACCAUCACACACACCUCCUCGCGGCUUUUCUUUGCAGCUGCAGACGACCUCUGCGUGUGUGUUGGGUUGGUGUGCGUGUGUGUGUGUGAGAGAGAGAGAGAGAGGGAGAACGAGAGAGGGGAGGUUCGGACAAGAUGCUGCAGCUUUAGACAUCGAUGGAAAGAGGAGGUGGAGGAAAACAUGUCGGUGAGUCAACAGCUGGAGUGGAAAACAAACGACGGAAACCGGUGAUCAUCCUCUUUCCCGGCAGGUCGACGGGAGCCCCUGAACCGGUGAGUUAGGGACUCGCGCUACGCGUCAGGAUCUGACUGUUGGGUUAUUUAAGUAAGAUGAUGAUGAACUAAGAGGAGAAGCAGAGAAGAUUGAGCUGGACUAGAAGAUGAGGGACGGUCCUCACCCUCCGCUCUGAGUGACCGCUGUUUAGUUGGGGGACAACCGGUGAUCGGUAAUCCGCGUGAGGAUGAUGAGGAGCGGCUUCUGAUGUGAAAGUGACAGCCUCCCACCUUCCCGCCCAACGCCUCCCAACCAACAAUCUCCGCUCCACGCUCUCUAAACAAAACCAGAGGAUAAAUAAAUGUUAUCUCCCAUCCUGCCCGCCUUAACCCUCCAAAUCUCGCGGGAUAUUUAGAGUGUAAAAGAAAGGAGCGGAUCGGUUAUAAGAUCAAAGGCGCACAGGAGCCGCCUAUAUGAAGAUGCUGAUGUGUGACCGCGGCGUCCAGAUGCUCGUGACGACGGUGGGCGCGUUCGCUGCCUUCAGCCUCAUGACCAUCGCUGUGGGGACCGACUACUGGCUGUACUCGCGCGGAGUAUGUCGCGUGAAAAGCAGCGGCGACAACGACACUAGCCGCAAGAACGAGGAGGUGAUGACGCACUCCGGCCUCUGGCGAACCUGCUGUCUGGAAGGUGCAGUUCGGGCCUCCAGUCUCUUCCCCAUCAUGAGCGUGGGUCUGUUAUUCAUGGGGGGGCUCUGCGUGGCGGCCAGUGAGUUCUACAGGAGCAGACACAACGUCAUCCUCAGUGCAGGAAUCUUCUUCGUAUCUGCAGGCCUCAGUAACAUCAUCGGAAUAAUAGUUUACAUCUCAGCCAACUCUGGUGACCCAGGUCAAAGUGACAGUAAGAAGUCCUACUCCUACGGCUGGUCCUUCUACUUUGGCGCCCUCUCCUUCAUCAUGGCUGAAAUGGUGGGUGUGUUGGCCGUUCACAUGUUCAUCGAGAAGCAUCGUAAGCUGAGGGCCAAGUCUCGUACCGAGCUGAUAAAGAAGUCCGCCUUCAGCCGCAUCCCCUCCUACCGCUACCGAUUCCGACGCCGCUCCAGUGUGCGCUCCUCUGAGGCUCCCAGCCGCGACGCGUCACCGUUGGGGAAAGGCGGCUACACAGGGCCUGCCGCCUCGGAGAUGCCCAUGUACACGCUGAACCCGCGGGAAGCUGGCAAUGCUGGUACCAAAGCAGUUGCUGGCCUAGGUGGGCUGCUCAACUCAGAGAGGGAGUUCCUCCAGAGCAGCACACUCACUAAAGAUUACAGCAAGGACCCCAACCGCAGGACCACACCCGUCUGAGAGGAUCUGGCUGUAGAUAUCACCCAGUCAGAGGAUCAAACAGGAGUAGACGUCCAGCAGGAUUGAACGCGAGCAUGGGGAACAUGAAGGGUUGGUGGGGCGGGUUUGGGUUGGGGGGAUUAACUAUGACUGUGAACUGUGAACAUUUAGCCUUUGAACUGUGAAUCCUUUGCCCUUUGAGAGUUUCUUGGUGUGUAGCAGGGUUGGUUUUGCUGGAGAAGUUGUUCCCGACUCCACUUAACCACAUAUCUCCUCAUAGAUGGCAGCACACACAGUCUGUGUUCUUUGUGCUGAUGAAUCGUAAGAAGAAGAUUGGGCCAGUGUCGUAAGUGGUUUCUGGUUUGGGGCAACUUCUCCUUAAAAAAUGAAAGUGAAGUGAGUUUUAGGAGAAGACGAAAAGAGAUAACAAACGUAGCGGUAAUUGUCUUUGAGACCAGUGGAGCCAGAUCAAAACCAGGAAGAUUCAGAGCUUCACGUUGGCUCUCUAACUUUCCAGAGAACGUUAUUUGUUUCAGUUCAGCUAGUUUUAGAGAAUAAACCAAUGAUGUGUGCCAUUAAUUCUUAUUUUCUAUACUGUUUUCAUAUUGAUUUAGUUCAUUUUGGGAAAAAUAACUUUCUGAACUGAAACUGUAUUCAUCUCCAUCCUGGUCGUGUCCAACCGGGUGUUGGCUUUUAAGAGUUUAGUCCACUGACUCCAGAUCAGCUGAGGGGAAACUCCAACAAAACUAACGAAGCUCUUUUUAGACGAUAAUGUUUGAUCCAUUGGUGCUUCCUCACAACUGUGUUCUCUGCCAAUUUUUUAUGUAUUUAUUUAUUUUUUACCUAACAAUCGAGGUGAUCUGUCCGUUUGAUUUCACAAAACACCUUUUGCCUUCCAUGCUUCCUUGUGUGUAGCCCCAUAAAUCACCUCACCGGCACCCUCUGCACACCUUCGCACAUCCUCCCACCCCGUCGUUCCUCCUCUUCAGAGGACGCUACAAGGUUUAGGUCCUGUCUUCCAUCGGUGUCGCUCAUGGGACAGUUUUUUCGGGGAGGUGGUUUGGAGAGAAGACCGCUGAGCUGUGAAUAUACUUGAAGGCAGUGCCAAAAAUUCAUUUAACUGACCAGAGAUGGACUUUUCGUGUCUGCCUGCUACCUCUUGGUGAAAGUCUUUUAGAUCAUUGUGAUAUAAUGUUGACAAAAAAAGAAAUUCAGCUGCACAAAUAAACACAAACAAAAGGCGUAAGAACAGCUAGCUGGAGAGAAAGUGGAGGAAAUCCAUUGCACCGCUAGUGAUAUUUCCACGACAUUUACCCAAACCGUAGCACCUGAUGUAUGCAUCUACAAACACACGAAUACAACAUAAGCCACAUCUGUACAGGUCACUUCUCCACACGUUAAACUACAGCCCGGUUUCCACAAAAACUAGUAAACUCUAAAAAAUAAAGUCUUAGUAAUACUUUCAAUCAAGAGCAUAAAUGUUCCUCAGAAUCAACGAAUUGUGUUGUUUUUUUCGUUUUACGAGACUUUUUGGGGAAACACGGUUGUCGUUCCGACAGAUUCCUGCACGAAAUGUUCUAACAGAAACGAGUCAGUGACAGCAUUUAACCCUGAAAAUUUUACAGUGAAUUUAAAAAAAAAUUGUUGAUAUAAAUAUAUAAAUGUCUGUGCCACUGAGAGACUUAAUCGAGCGGUUUAACAUGACUGCAGAGCUUUUGCUCCCUCUGGAUUUUCCACCGUUUCUAUUCCGUCUUGGAUUUUCAUGACAGCAGGGAUGGCCAACAUGUUUUAAAAUAAAUCCAGCAAGUGGCGCCGCAGAAAAACACAUCUGAUGACUUUUUAAUCAAAGCAAGAGUUUUUGUCUAAAGUGAAAUAACGCGAAGCCAUAAAACACAGAAAUGAGGAACAGGAAAGGGAGAACACUGAGCAGAAGAAAAAUAUUCCCCGCACCUUCUCCCAAACUUUACUUAAGCAACUGUGAAUAAAAAUGAAAGACAGAAAAGACCGUACAUUGUUGUUAGAUAUCUCCCUGAGCCAUUAUUGCACUGUUUUGUAUUAAUUCAAAAGAAAAAAACCUCUUAACCCAACCAUGAUUAAAAAAAUGUUCUGACCUCAGCCACAAUCAAUGCUCAUUUUACAAAUUUCCUUUUUAAAAUCUCCUGUUUUUAUGCCAUAAAGGGAACAUAAAGGGACAAACGCUAAAAAAAGUUGCUCGUGAACAUGCAUUUUGCAAGCUAACUGCAAACCCAACUGCCGUCAUGGUCUGUGUGUGUGUGUGGGGGGGGGGGGGGGGGGCUUUUCUAAGAACAAGGGCUUUUAAUUUUUAAAGGACAGGAGCACACAAGGGCUUUUUAUGCUCAGCACUGCAGAAAGGUUGUUUUAAGGGUGUAAUCUUAGAGAAAGGGAAGUGCAUUUGCACAGAAGCAAGUGUUUUAAAAUCAGCUGAACAGCUUACCAAUUAUUUAACAAGCAGAAGAGAACCGGAGGUGGAUGGAAAUAGAAGGCCGUGCGCUUCCACCUAACUUCUGUUUCGGUUAGCUUUAGCUUUAGAAUUGGGUUUCUAAAACGGUACCUUACCUGUUGUAGAUGGCUCUGUGAACAACCUUAGUUUGGAGAAAUUGAGAACUCACAAGCUAAUAGCACACAAUUUAGUCUAAAAUUUUUAAAUAUACUGUGGUUGGAUAUGAUAUUUUAAAUAGUCUUAUAGUGCUGUAAAUUUCAUAUUACAAUGAUUAGCAAAAGGUCACUAAUUGAUACUGUUAUCUAAUUUGCAUAAUCUACCAGAUGAAUCCUCUGAGAGAAUAAAAAUAGAGAUAAAAACACCCAAAACAUUUGGAGCCGCACAUAUUCUUUCGUUUGUUGAUUCUUGUUUAUUUUACGUUGUCACAAUUUCAACUAUACCUCCUUUAAAGUCUGAAUAUGGAACAUUUACACUAUAGCGACAACUAGUGUUUAGAGGUGGUAGUGCAACAACAGAACACUAUGCAGCCGUCAGGGUGUUGGUUCCUCACUGCUGAUACGUGAAGUGACCAGCCAGCGCCAUGUCCAGUAUUGAAUCAUACAGGGUAAGAACUAAUUACUACUAAUACAUUUAUUUUACAACAGUAUUUAUCGUUAGAACAUCUUCUGGCUUCAGAAUCAGCAGUUUUACUUAACGACUCCGCCAAUUUUACACAGUCCCAGCAUCGCCUUGCCUAGCGGACUUUUUACCGCAACAGUGCCCCCUAUUUGCUGGUAGAUGUAAAUAUAAAACCAGUGUUGUGCCAGUCUAAAUAAAGAUGUGACUAUUUUUUAAAUAUAGCUUUGAGGAGAAACUGUGCAUUCAUUCUGCGCACCUCUAAACGCCCUGUGGAUGUAUUUUUUAAAUAUAGCUUUUUAUUUAAAAUGUUCCAUAUUCAAUCUUUAAAGCAACCCUAAAAACAUUUCUCACUUCUGCCUCCUAGUGGUUAAAAGUGGAAUUGCAAUUGUUGGUAGCUAGUGCUAACAAGAGCUAACACUAACAUGUGCCAACUAAUACUAAGCCAUGAAGUAACAAGAUCCACACUGUUGGACAAAAAUAUUAUUACUUACAAGUCAAGUAGCAACAAAGCUAGGUCACCAUCAGUCCGUGAUGUUGUAGCCUUCUUCAGGUCCCUAAAACUUGUGUAGGCCACACCGAUGUUCACUCUGGUUUUAGCUCUUUACUUUGACUCCAAAGACAUCUCUCUUACUUUUACUUCUAGGUUUUGCCUUGAUGGCAGCAAAAAAAGUUAAAUCAUUCUUCUUGAGCUUUUUAUUGAUGAACAGCAAACUGAAAAAGCUUACUGCUAGCCUUUAUAUUAGCAACCAGCAGUGCUAAUGUGAACAGCUAUUGCCGUAAAGCAGGUAGUGAGCUCCCACUAGUGUUCCUAUGCAAACCACAGAAUUGUUAAGUGCAGGACUCGACCAUUCAGGACUGCAAUACUGUCAAUAACUGCUUUUGGAAAAGGUCACAAGAGCCAUGUGAAAUUGUGUUAUUUCAGGUGGAAUAAAGGUGGGAUCUCUAUUUUUCUAAACUGGUCAUUCACAUAAUGGCCCACAGCAGUUAUUUUCUGCAGAACUCCACUUCUAAAGACCUAAACCAUCACUUCACGCAAAGGUAGAAUAACCACUUAUCAUUUGAGUUGCUAAAGAUGCAAGCGCAUAAUAUUAUCUAAGUAAUUGCUCUUAAACAGUACCAAAUAUUACUCCAAAUGUUUCCUGUGAAUCACUGUGUCCAGGUUAGCUUUAGGUCAUAAAUCUACUACUAUAUGUACUCUUCUCUGUAUAGGUUGCUGAUUCAGCUCUAGUAGAUGUAGCUCGGCUCUACGAAGGGCCCCUUGGAUCCUUUGAGUCUGCUUGGCGCCAGGUUUAGUACUGCCAUCCAUGAGCCAUGUCAGCUUUGACCAUUCAAACCAUCCAUGUUCAUUCACAUCCAGUGCUCACAUUCACUGUAUCACUAACCGGGUCUCAAACAGCACCCUGACCUCUGUAGCUCUGUAAGGACGCUGAAUCGAUGUUUACCCCCCUCACGGAGCACAGGGUGUUCUUUGAGACCAUGUCUCUUCCAACCACCAUACUGCUUUGAUACUCUGAUAUCAACAAAUAAUUGUAUUAGUAUAAAAUAGUAUCCUAAAGGUGCCAGUGUGCAGAGGAUGAUGAACUCUGUCACAUAUUAUACUUAUUAAUAUUUAUUCAUUUCUGGGCGGGGCAUCGAUGACAGUGGGCGGAGUUGGGAAGCAGGAGUUGUAGUCUUUCUAAUAUAUUAUUCUAGUCUCCUUUUCUAAUUUAAUGUGGCUGUGAGGUUGUGUUGUUUUGACCAUACGGGAAGUCUCUGAUAACGUGGACACUCUUUUAUGGACACUAACCUCACCUCAAUGGUGCCAGAGACUCUGUUUGCCAGCGGGACACACAGCACUGCAGCACACUCACACACACACACACACACACACACACACACACACACACACACACACACACACACACACAUUCAGUCCAAUGUACAUGUUCCUAUACUUCUGAGGACAGUUUUUUAUUACUGCCGCUAAUAUCCAAAAUAUUGUCUUUAACAGGACUAAAAGUCAGAUUAUAAUGUCUAAUAGAGUAAAUUAAUGAUUAGCUGAUCAUUUUGAACCCUAUGAAGCCAUUAAGUUAGUUAUGUUGAUUAUAACAUUUCUGAGGCCUCUACCUCUUUAACAAGAUUAGUACUUUCCUCUAAAACGUGCUCUAUUGGAUAUGUUUUCUGCAAUCUGUUGAAGGAUGCAAUUUUAUUCCUAUUAUGUAAUUAAAAUAUGAUUAUUGUUUUAUUAGUAAGGUGCAUUAGUGCCACGUUGAAAUUGAAGGUUUAGAAUCAAGUCAAAAGGUUCAAAUUUCUGAACAAAAUCCGUGUUUCCAUUGUUGGAGGUUUGGGAAAUUCCUGGGAGGGAGAAAAGUGACCGGGAGAUACGAGGGCUUGGUCCUCUCAGCUGUUUUUGGGCGUUGCGGGUUCAAAAAUAGCAAUUUUAAAGUCGCCGCUAAUUUUCUUUUCUUUCCAUUAUCAUCAGCAACUGUUCCAAACUUACAAAUACCGGUUAUUUGGUGACGUCUGCUGAUGUCAUUUCCUACUGAGUUACGACCAAUCAACAUGAGACAACCAAACCUUUCGUUGUCAAUACCCCAAUGAAGGUACUUUUUUGUUUCCUGAAAAAUGGCCCAGAAAAUGGUCCUACUUGGUCAGCCCGCUGAAACCGAGACACGCUCAUGCCACAAAGAUCUAGUAAAAUUACCCAGAAGUCCCAAUAGUGGAAACAGACCCCAAAUCAUCAUGAUAUUUUACAUGCUAAAUACUAAAGUUGGCUUUUUCAAACUCCUUGUGCUCCUGAAGCCGAUGGCAUUUGCUUCACUACUAUUUUCCUGAGGGUUCUUGGUGUUUUCCUGAAUAAAAUAUACAAACUAAGCAUUUUAUGAUUAUUCCUGAGUUUUACCAGAGUGGUAAUAAAUAAAAAAAACCUGCAUUUAAAAGUAUAAGGUGUUUCUAGGGGUAUGUUUGAUAUUGGGAAGGAUCGAGGGUAGCUUCUGCAGUUACCUUCGUACAAAACUAAUCUAAGUACCGCACCUUUAAAACCAUCAAGUGCUUUGUUAUUUAUAGUUUGUUCAGCAAAAACACACCCAGAACCUGCUUUUACAGCCAUAGCAAUAAAUGCAUCAAAUACAUUUGGCUUCAUUUUGAUUUUAUUCUUGUAAUACUGUUGACGUUUUUCAAUUUUAAUCCCGUCAUGCCCUCAUUAUUUAUCCAUUAUAAGAAUAAACACUUACAUUGAAGUUAGGUAGAAUUUUGUUGUUUGAGAAUAAACAGAGCGCUGGUUCUCCAGCAUGCUUUAUGUGGAACGCUCGUCCUCAGCAGUAUAGCAACAAAAGCACUCGAUACACAAACGACACACACCUACGUGCACGCUCAGAUACACGAGGCGACUCUCGCUGUUGCAGUGCAGAAAGGGUGUGUGUCCUAUUCUAUAAAAAAAUCACUGUGUCAUGUUUAUUGUUUUAUUUUUUUGGAGAAAAACAAACAAAAAAACUGUUCCUGGUGUGUCACUGUUUGUCAAUCCAGGUGGGACUUUGCGAAAACUGAACCAGCUAACCGUACAUGGACGAGCAGAAGAACUGAAAUGUAUCUGAUUGGUUCUGAGACAAAGACUUUCUUUACAUAUUGCACUCAUUUUACACACACACACACACACACACACACAAACACACACAUAAACACAGAUAUGGUUACAAUGUGAGGAGAGCUUACAGGUGGAUUAAUGUGCCUGCAUGUGUGUGUGUGUGUGUGUGUGUGUGUGUGUGUGUGUGUGUGUGUGUGUGUGUGUGUGUGUGUGUGUGUGUGUGUGUGUGUGUGUGUGUGUGUGUGUGUGUGUGUGUGUGUGUGUGUGUGUGUGUGUGUGUGUGUGUGUGUGUGUGUGUGUAUACAGUUAGCCUCUCCUCGCCCAUGCACCUAGUGCCUGCCUAUCCUGCCUUCAGACAGCUCCCAGAUCAGCCAUGGGGCUUUCAGGACAACCUCCUUUGCAUUCCCAUGAAUCAAUCUGGUAGGACUGGGAUCCGUUUCAGAGCUAACUGCCCCCAUCGUUCCUCAGUAGUUUCAGCCGUAUGAGCUAGCUGAUGAGUUUCCUCUUCCCCGGAUCUGACUGACUUCAGAUCUGCAGCCUGCUGGUCCGAUCUGACUUCAUGUUGUUUUGUCUUUGAAGCUUUUGUGCUUGUGAUGCUUUUUUGUGGAAAGUACAUGCAACCUGAUGGAGCAAGAAAGAGAACUAUACAUUUAGGACACACAAACCCUUAAUUUCAUGUUCCUAAACAAAAUCUAUAAAUCAGUAGCCAACAUUCAGUUAUUCUGGCCCUGGUGCACUUGUAUCUCUUCUGUGUCGUCCUUUAGCCUUUCAGCAGAAUAGAUGUUGACCUGGAGUAGGAUUUCAGUUUUGCCUCAGACCCUGCUGUUUCCAGCAUUCACCAGCGUUAUGUGAGGCUGCCACGGCUGGCCGACAGUGCGUGAAAAGCUGAGAAUGGUGGGAUGUUUGAGCAAGCGUGGAGAGUUUCGCCGUGCAUCACUUACAUUCAGCCUGUAAGCUGUAGCAACACCACGUGCUAAAGGUCGCGUCUCAGUUAAAUCACAGAGUUUUGACUUUAAAAGAUCCAGAUUCUUACGUCCUUCUAAUAAGUUUUUACUGCUUUGAAGAUGUGUUUGGGAUGUAUGCAAGUAGAUAUUUUAAUGCAGCACCCUUCACCGCUGUGGUCUCACAAUACCUGUGGAGGUUGUUCUGUACCGGCUACCUACAGGCAUUUCGAUAUGAUUCUGAAAAGGGUUGAAAAGUACGGAAGCCCUGAAAGGCAAGCAGAAGAUUACAAUUAGGACCUUCUAAUUUAUUUAAUAUGAUUUAUUCACAGUUUUAAACACACUUGGGAUGUGGAACAAACUAAACGCAGCUAAGGUUUUUGGGCUGAGCUUCCUAAUGCAAGAAAAAAAGGUUUAAAGAGUAGGUUCUCUGAUAAACCGUUUAUACUUGUUAUUUUUCAAAUAUGAUAGUUCACUCUAGCCCUUUUUAGAAGCAACAUGCCGGCAUUUCAGCAUAUUACUGCCACCACAAUGUGUCUAGUGAGUGUGCCGCGGCGGCAUGGCAUUGGGGGAACUAUGUAGCAUUUGUGCCGCCACGCUUGGUAAUGUAACCACAACACCGGACUUGUAAAUGCACAUUACGCCUUAGGGCAACAGAGGGUGGUGUCAUGAUCACGUGGGGAGUUACUGCCGAGCUCCGGCUGGAAACUAUUUGGAAAAUGAAAGUAAAAAUGGGCACAAGUUUCAUUUUUGUAAACAGAACCAGCUGAGGUGAUAAACCGGAGCGACGUGGAGCUCCGGGAGCUUCUCUCCGUUAGAGCUGGAGGUCAGAUCACACCGAGACUGCAGAGCGACUGUGGAGGACAACUUUAGAAGCAGCUUGGUAAAAAAAAAUGUUGUGAGUGCCGCUUCGAUCGCAAUAAAAAGCAAGUUAUGUCCAAGCUAAAUCUACGUUUGUGACAGCACAGAGACCGCCCCCAUGCCCUCUUUAUGCCGCCAUCGCGUAAUCUUUUGUAAAAAGGACACGAUUGCGCCACAUUACCACAACAGUAUGACCACGUAUAUAAACCACCUAAGGAUCCCUGAUGCUAGCUUUGCAUUGCAGCAAAUUGGCGGCAUUGUUUUCUAAAAGGCUCCUGAGUUUCACAUGCAGGCUAAACGUGAAAAUAGUCUCCUACCUCUAUUUCCUGCAUUAGCCACUGAUAGAAAAUAGAUGGGGGAACAUUCAGAUCUACAUCACACUGUCACUUAAUAUUCAUGGACUCACCCAUCCUGGCUCAUGAUGGGAAAGGCUAUUGUUGGCUUAGCAUCAUCUCGAGCACAUCUCGGCUAGUAGAAGCUAACCGUUAACAUUAGCAACUCCACCACACGGACGAACUCCUUCAGGCUUUUGUUAUUUGCGGAGAUAAAACAUCAAGGAUGCAAAGCAAAUGGAGUCAGGGGAAGAGUCGUGUUGUAGUCAGCCAAUCAGAGGUCAGAUGUUUGUGUAUCAUGAAUAAGGCUGCUGUUUUCCUGCUCCCCUCUCCUCCGGCUAACUUCUACUUCCUGAAACAGGAGCACCAGGAACCUUUUUCCCACAGAUUGACUCAGAAUGCAUUUCUUUAUACUAGACACCUCAGUAAAUAUUGUAGCGGGCCAGGGCUGUUCGGGGUUUGUUCUGUUAUUGCAGUUAUGUGUUUGUUGUCAUGUUGCUAUGGUGACGGGUGACGCGCUCUCUCUGCGACUGUUUUUCCUCAAUAGCUUGCUCCAGCCUCCGAAUGUCUCUCUCCAUUACGGCGAGGGUGAGUAUCCCACUUCUGACACCAAUGUAGCAAGCUCAGUCACGGAGGAGACAGAGGUUUCUUUGGGAGCACCCGUUUAAUCUACCCACCUCAGCGCGGACACAGCAACAACAACAAAAAAAGGCGCGCUCUCACCGGAAAAACAGUCGCCGAGAGAGCGCGUCACCCGUCACCAUAGCAACAUGACAACAAACACAUAACUACAAUAACAGAACAAACCCCGAACAGCCCUGGCCCGCUACAAUAUGUUAAAAAAAUAUUGAAUGAGAACUUUAAGCCUUGUUUUUUUCUGUUGCCUUUCAGGACUUCCGUAUAAAUGUCCAAAACGUGUAGUAUAUUGUCUUUAAUGGUUUUUAGUUUGAAAAGGGGAAACAUGUUUGCACCACUUCUAAGACUAGUGUGACAGCAGUGUUGUGUAACCACGGUUUUAACCCUCCCACUGUCCUAAUGGGUGACCCCUGCGAGAAAAGUUGACCAUUGAGCAGGAUUGAUGGUUUAUGCCUUAAGGUCCACGUGGCAGGGGUGAGGUGGUGCUCACUCCUCACCACUGCCACGUGGACCCAAGGGACACACCAUCAACCCUGCUCAAUGGUCAACUUUCCUUGCGGGGUCACCCAUUAGGACAGUGGGAGGGUUAAAUAACCACCAGCUUGGUCAUCUGUGAAUACUGCAGAAAAUCUUUGGUUGGCUUUUUCAAUGUGCACCACUCUGUAAAUCCAAGAUCUCACUGGGAUGAAAGCUUUAGGGACAAAAUGCAAAUGCAAAGUUUGGAAAAUGUCUGAAAAUGCUCAGGAGGGUUCUCAAUUUUCUUGCAGGAGUUGCAGGGCCUUGUUCGUGUAUCACUGGAGCUCCAAUCGUGUUUCCUAGAGAGUCACACAACCAUAGCGCAUAGCCCAGAGAGAUGUGGGUUUCAGACCUGUUGUUCAGGGGAGUUCUUGGUACUUUACAGGAAGUAGCUGCUGUCCAAAUGUCCAGUUGAAACCUAUUUUUAACUUUUAGUAAGUCUGUGGCAAAUGACUGUAACUCGACCUUGUCCGUUUGAAACUGACCUGAGGACUGUUAGAAAACCAACGCCAGAGCAAACUCAGGGGAAUGGUCAGUGAUACUUGCAUUAGUUUAUUGUUUCUAUUCAUUCAGAAAUACAAGAAAAACACAAAAUAACAGAAAACAAAGCAAAGGAUUCAUUUUGAAUUUGUAGCAUUAGCUCGGUGAGCGGUGUUUUCCCCCCCGAGCAGGCUGUUUGGCGUGUACCGUAGCGGUUGUCGUGAAGAUGAAACCAUUCAGAUGAAAAUGAGGAUUUAAAAUAAUAGCAAACAGUCAUUAUCCUAAAGUGUCUUUAGGAGAAACACCAGGGUAUUGUUUCUCCACCGCGGUGAUGAAAGUGAAAAAUGAAAGCUGCGAGUCAAAUUUACAGCUGGAUCCUUGUGUAGCGAUUUUUUAAAUCCCUCCAGAAGCAGGUGGAAAUGUUUGAAAUGUGCAACUGAAAGUGCGAUGGGUGGCGGAUAAAUGUUCGGACUGAUUUUUUUUUUUUUUUUACUAUUAUUUGUUUUAUCCUGCACCAUACCUCUGAGCCCUAUCAUCAAAUAAAUAGCUCUCUCUAUGAACACGCACACAAACAUGCAUGCAGAAACAUGCUGGCACUCACAUCUGUCUUUGUCCACACUGACUGCACACACACACACACACACACACACACACACACACACACACACACAUGCAGCUGCCAGCCAGUUUCACUGUAUUCUUUCUAAUGUAAACCUCCAACUAACAGCAGUCUGACAUGGACACAUGCUGUGGAUAAAAGCACACUUUUACUUACAUGAUAUAAAUAUGAAUAUCUAUAUGAAGAUAAUUAUAUACAGUAUGAUCAUUAGAAAAUAAAGAAACCUUUUCAACUUGUCUGUCAA